AUGCAACCGGCUCCUUCGCGGUCCAGUAGGCGACUCCGGCUGCCCGUCAAGGCGCCUCUGUUCGUCUUUCUCGUUUGUUUUUUCGCGGGGCUUUGCCCUCUUCAGCAAGCCGCCGGCGAGCCUGCAAUCCGCGUGAGGCCUGCUCACGCGACCGUGCGGUCGUCUGGGACGUGGCGCAAGCUGCGAAAGAGCUUUCUAAAGCUUCUGGCGGAGGAGGCGAAGCGCCGCGAGUGGGUGCCCGUGGAGACUCUGGAGGAACUCGACGAGGACUCGCCUUAUGUCAUCAGCGUCGCGCCGCAACAGUCUCUCAAGUUUAGGGGUUUUUCGCGCGACCGCGACCGCAUCGCCGACGAGCAAGUGUUCCGCGACCUCGGCAAGCAGCUGCCCCAGGGCUUCAACGCCGCCUUCGGUCUGAAAAAGGCCGCCAACGGCUUGCUCACCUGCGCGCACGCCCCCUGGCUGGCGGUCGCCGUCAUCGACGCGGUUCGCGAGGCGACAACUCGGCAACAUGUCAAAUAUUACCUUGCAGAUGUCCGCUACCUUAGGGGCGGCAGCGAGGACGAUGGAGACGAGACUGAGGCUGGCGCGCGAGACGCACCACUCCCAACGACUCUGCCUCUCACGCCAAACAACAAAGUCUUCACCGAAGGCGCGCCUGACCUCGAGCCUCAAACUGGAUCGCGCGCCUCCAUCCUCUGCACCCAGGACGGUCAGCCGCCGCAGUUCAUUCCAGAAGACACAGAGGACGAAGACGUGACUGAGCAGCAGCCAGGGCCUUGGGGCGUCACAGUCGUCGUGCGGUCGCGGGUGAACCCGCUGGCGGCGUUUGGGCGGUCCUACGAGCUGGAGGUCUUGGACAACGUCGCUGUCACGGUGCCCGCGCAGCCGCGCAUUCCCCUUCCGCUGAGCGUCGUCGCCUCUCUCGACACGCUUCUCCAACUGGAGUUGGCGGCCGCUGCUGCGGCGGCCGCUGAGGCCGCAGACGCUGCAGGCUCCGGAGCGGCAGAUACCGCCGCGCUGCGCGCGCAGGCCCUCUGCAGGCUCGAGCGCCCCGCGGCCUACCGCAGCGCAGCCAAGCUCGACUGCUCCAUGUGGCAGACGAAACCGCAAAAAUCGAAGGCGUCUGCGCACAAGCAGCUGAUGAAAGCCCUGGCGCCGUUCGUGGGUCUGAGUGUCUCCAAUCACUUACUGGGUCCGCGCCGAAACGCCGCGACGUUCGAGGGGCUCGUGGGCGUCGAUGCGUCUGCGGCUGGAUCGCCUCCUCCGGCGCUGCUGAACUUGCAGUCGGACUUUGGGGCGCCGGCGGCGAGCGCUGCAGAACGCGCGGUCCUGUCGCGGCUGUCUCACGAAGCCCUGUGGGACUACGCCGCGGACGCCGGCGACCUGAACUCGCCUUUCAGCUUCCACGGCUCGCCAGACGCGCUGCAAGUCUCCGUCGACGUCGGCAAACUCAGCAGCCGAGACCAAGCUCAGCUGAAGCACCGCGUCUCCGGAGGGGCGGACCCCUCCGUGUUUGAAUUCAAGCUCUCCGCGCCCCGAGGCAGCGACGCCUUCUCAGACAGCAGCCAGCAGGAGUACGCGCCCGGCGCGGUUCGCAGCAUCUACCAGGCGACCGUCGCGGAGCCCCAGCGGCAGUCGCACAACUCGCUCGUGAAGAAUCUCGCGUGGCUCGCGGGAUUCGUGGCGCUCUAUGCCGGCGGCAGCAAACUCUGGAGCUGGUGGAAAAACGACAAGGCCGCGAAGCAGCAGCUGAAGCACAUCGAGGACGCUCGGCGCAAACAAGAAUUCGAGCUCAAAUACUUCGUCAGACGCGCACAGGCCGCCGACGUCCUCAACGCCGCAAGGCAAGACGACAUGAUGCUUUGA